CUAUCACUUCCUGCCGGUCGUGUCACGUGACCUCACCGUCACCGGGGUGAAAGGUCAUGUUUCCCUGUUUGAAUGUUAGCCGAAUGAGUGAAGCUGUGUCGGAUUCACAGCUUUAAAUGUUUCUGUUUGACUGGUGGUGAGUGAAGCUCGUCCAGCAGCUUUCAGUAGCUUUCAGCAGGUACCGACCGUAGUCACCGUUUGUUUUGCUGUUCGUAGCGCGCUAACAGGCUAACAGGCUAACAGGCUAGCUGCAGUUUAUUCCUCUAAAAACCGACAGUUCAUUUCAUGGAUUUCAUUUAACGGCUGAGUCUUCAGGUGCAGUUUGACAGUCUGUAACUUAGAGGAGCCGUUGGGACCCGUAGUCUCUGUUUCUGGCAGUUUGCCGGAUUGUGAUCAACAGUUAUUAAAGGACGAGUUCAUAGUUCAUCAGUUGCUGGCGUCGUCUUUGAACAACCUGCUGGCAUGGACUCAGAGAAGGCGGCGCUUCAGCGGGAGGUGUGUCGGCUGCAGGAGGAGCUGGCCGAGAGUCGAGCAGAAAGAGAGGAGCUAGAGUCCAGGAGCAGAGCUCUGAAUGACCGGCUGUGCCAGUCACUGUCUCCCUCGCUUGCUCUCUCCCUGCGUGUGGAGGGUGAGCAGAGAGAGUGGAGGAGGAGGGUGAGGGAGGGGAGAGAGAGGGAGGCCAGACAGGCUCUGCUGAUCCACCGCCUGCAGAACAAGGUGUUGGAGUACAGAGAUCGAUGUCAGAGUUUGGAGCUUCAUCUGCAGGAUGAACACACAGAACUACUGAAUACUGAGCGGAAGAUCAGAGAUGAACACAGCGACUCUCUGGAGAGCGCCCUCAUCAGGCUGGAGGAGGAACAGCAGAGGUCAGUCGGUCUGGUUGACACCAAUACUCUCCUCCGAGAGCAGCUUAGCCAAUCAGAGCAGGCAAACCAGGCCCUGAGGGAAGAUGUUCAGAAGCUGACAGCUGAUUGGACAAGAGCUGUGGAGGAGGCGGAGCAGCGAGAAGCUGAUUGGCAGAGAGAGAAGGAGUGUCGGGCAGGAAAUGUGGGUCAGCAGCAGGAUCGCCUGCUGUCAGUGUGGAGGUCUGUGGUCACUCUGAGACGACACUGUCACACCAUCAAAACGGCGACCGACAGGGAUCUGUGGCAGCUGAGGGCGGAGUUUUCUCGUGUCUCCUCCUCGCUCCUCUCCAGCUGUGACUCCGUCUCCUCCUCCCUGAGGUUCAGCGCUCCUCCCAUCAGACCCUCCCCUUCUGGGCCUCCCCUUCCUCUCCCCCCUGACCUCCCUCCCCCUCUCUCCUCCACGCUACUCCACCCUCCUCCCUCCCUCUCUCCUCCUCUCCCCUCUACCCUGGUCCUCCUUCCCCCUGACUCCUUGGCCUCUGUGCCUCCUCUGACCUCCUCUUCCACCCUGGGAACCUUCUCCUUAGGAGAGCUGGAGCACAAAGAGGAGGAGGAGCGAGAGAUGUCAGAGUUGAAGUUUGGUUUCUACGUGGACACCAGAUCAUGUGACCCUGAGGCGCAUGAACCAGGACACCUUGUG